AUGAGUUCACCACCACCUCCACCAUUACCCAGACACCACCACCCGCUGGCGCGCAAACCCAAACCCCCAACCCUAACAUCCCGUAUGGCGACCGCGGAAGAGAAGUUGGAUGCGCUUGCGGCGCAGAUGAAGUCUAUGCUGUUGCUCAUGGAGACCUUCAACCGCUGGCGCCCCAAGGUCGAUCACUUCUCCACCAAGCUCAGCAAGGACAUCAAGAAUCUCACAUCGCGCAUUGAGGCGUUGGAAGCUCAACCCCACGCUGCUCCUCCUUCGGCCCCGCCGCGCGAGGAAGAGGGGCGGGCCAAGGGCCACGACAUCGCAUCGAUUACACAGGGGUCUGACAAGGGGGCUUUAGUCCUCCAGCAGCCCCUGGCCAAUGACAUUAGUUGGGCUGAACUUUGCAUUGCUGUUGAGUCUAAGUUUGGUAAAGAUUUGUACCACAAUGCCAUGAAUGACCUUCUCCAAAUUAAACAAACAGCUGAUGUGCAAGAGUACUAUGAAUCUAUGAUAGGUUUCAAAGUUUCUGUGCUGGAGAGCCAACCCAAAUCAUUAUUCAAGAAAACUGGCAGAGAUUUCAACCGACACCAGGGCAAGCAACUGGUCAACACUCAACCAGGCAUUUUGGGCAAUCCACAAACUAAAGACACUAAGCCCAAGUGGGAUGACAAACUUGCAACACUCCGAGCUCAAAGGCGCGCACAGGGACUGUGUAUGAAAUGUGGUGAGAAGUGGGGCAGAAAUCACAAGUGUCCAGAGAAAGUGGCUUUGCAUGUCUUAGAGCAGCUCCAAGAGACAUUUUAUCUCACUCGGCUUUAG